ACUUCCGGGAAGAAACCGGAGCGGCGCUGGUCGGCGCUACACGGGGCGUCGUGGAACGGAACGUAGCGUAGCGGGACUCGAACGCGCGAGCGACGGGGGACGUGGGGACGCGAGAACUGUCCGAAGAUGACGACGGUGGCGAUCUCCCCAGCCAUGGCUCACACCAACAGCGGAAUAAUACAAGUCGUGAACGAGAGUAAUCUGAGCAAGAUCGAGAGCUUCCUCAACGACACGGCUUACAGAGAGGCCAUUGAGAAUUCAUCCAAUUACAAUAGCCGACUAUGCCGGGAACGACGUCUUCGCAUGCCCUUCCUCGACUCGCAGACAGGUGUUGCGCAAAAUCAUUCUGCACUUUUUAUGUCCUCGAGAGAAAGAUUACCUGGCUUAUUGCACGGCCAGGUUUAUACUUAUCCAAGCAAACGAUGGCGAAAGAAACGCCGGCAAUAUUUAAUGCAUUAUCUACAUCCAAAACGAGGACCAAGGGGAGAUACGGAAGAUGGAACGGAAGGCGUGGAAACUAUUACGCAUGUAAAUGACGAUAGCAAAGAUUCGGUAGCACUUAAAGACGAACACAGUAAAGACGCUUGGUAUUAUGAUGAGCAAGACAUGUUAGAUAUGGAUGCCUAUGAAGAACCUGAUCCUGAUAGCGACUAUGAUUACGAGGAGAGUUAUAGCAGUAAACGAAAACGCAGAAAAACUCGUGGAGGUGGUCAUCAUCCUGCUCGUAGUCAUCCACCUACCACAGAUACUCCGGGCGGUAAACGUACAAAAGGUGGUGGCCGUGGACGUAAAAAGACCAACUACGACUCUGUUGACUCUGAUAAACCGUUCGUUUGUGACCUAUGCAGCGCACGGUAUAAGACCAGACCCGGUCUGGUCUACCAUUACGGUCAUUCCCACUCUACUUCCUCCGGUGAUCCUGCUAAGGAACUAAGUCCCAGUCCUGCCGAAGUUGAACCUAGGAGCGUUGCAGACACCGCUGCUUCGAACCAGCCAGGUGGUACACGUCGGGGUCGUCAGAACGCUACCUCCUCGAAUACCUCGAGUCCCUCCCCGGCGGCGCCUACCGCCGCACCCACUGCGGGAACGGCGGGAUCGCAGCCGCAGCAAUCGCAGCAGCAGCAGCUGCAAUCGGCCGUGCAGGCGCCCGUCGCCCCGGCGUCACCCACCGUCCCGGCGACCAAGGAAGAUCAUCUGCCCUCGGCGUCCUCGCCCGGCGGCACCGCCGUCUCCACGCUGCCGUCCGCGGAGACCGCGGGUGCGACCGGCGGCCCGCCUACCCCCGGGGGACCGACCGCGGAGAAGAAGCCUGGCGGCAAGUCGUCCGCGGCCCAGCCGUCCCCGUACUGCGACUUUUGCCUGGGUGACGCGCGCGAGAACAAGAAGACCGGCGGUUCCGAGGAGCUGGUGUCGUGCAGCGAUUGCGGCCGCUCAGAUGUUAAUAUCGUGAAAGACAUUAAGUAAUUCGUUAAUUUUACGAGCGAGCAAGCAAGCAAGCGUACGUGCCCUUCCUUACGCAAAGAGAGGACCUCGCUGUUUUCUAUUCGUAUAUAUUCAAAAACGUACCUACAAUUGUUAGACGCGCAAUCGAGAUGUUUAUCCGUUACAUUUGUACAAUCUCUCUUCUUUACCGUUUCGUUAAAUGCGUUAAUCACGAACGAGCAUGUAGAAGAUGUACGUGUAGCCGUUAAAACUGUGAGAUAUCCAUUAUCGGCUUUUUGUAGAUCCAUGCUCUUCAAUACGCUUUAGGUUUACCGAGAUAAUAGGGAUGACUUUUUGAGUUGUAUAAGGUUACAGUUGUCGCGUGACGCGUCUUGUCAUUGCCGCCAAGGGUAGUAGAAAAGAAACCAUUGCUGUUGCAACUGGGUGCAAUAAUUAAGGAAGGAAAGGAAAGAAGGCAUUCAAUUAUCUGCACAGUGUAGGAUCAAACGGUUACGAGCUUUACAUACACUAGUCAAAGGCGAGGAAUACAAAACAUCGUUUUGUCAAUGGUGCAACUUGUCGCAUCUGAGUAAUAGGAAUUUUCAGGAAUUCCUUUACUACGCGAAUUUGCUGUGAUUUAUAGUAUCUCAAUGAUUAGUUUCUAAGAUAUUGAAUCGGUAAUGCCGUAAUAAUUACGAGGAAACAAAAAAAAGUCUUCGUCAGUCCGAGAGAAGUCAAAUUUUCGUCGUGUGUGUGUAUGCGUGAUUGGACGUCGAGUAGCAAAAUCGACGAUUCGUUUUUGCUUUUACGCGGAAUUGUACGCAAAAAAUUUGUUGAAAUUCCUGUUGCACAGUACCACCAGAGCACGUAUUGCGGAGGAUGUGUUUGUCUUCUGUUUGACAGUGUAUCCUGAUAUUUUCGUUAUUGUGUUAGAAAUCAAAAGGGAAGGGAGGCGAUGCACGGCGUGAGAAACGCACCGGCAGGUUUAGGAGAAUUUAGAUGCAAUAUAUAUAUAAUAUAAUAUAUAUAUAUAAUAUAUAUAUAUUACAUAUAUAUAUACUUUAUAUAUCCAGCACAAUCAUGAGAAUCGUUUUAAUGAAAGCAACGUAUUUAUUGUAAGAUACUGAGAGAUGUUGAUCGCGCGUCACUUCAAUAUUUCUACGUUUUCCCGAACGCUUGUAAAUACUUUGGUGGCUUUGCGUUUGUUGGAUAUUAUGAGGUUUUAGACGAUGCGAGCUAAGAGCGCAGCGCAGAAAGAGGAAUAACGAAAGAGGAGAGAGUGCAAUUCUAAGGAUCUCCGUACCUUCCGCGACUUUGGAAAAAUUCCGAAUAGAAAGAUCGAAUAUAUAUAACGACCGCAAGAAUGAUGUUUUUAUCUAUUGAAUAAUUUCGAUUGGUACUUGUUUAACGACUCGUUUAUGUGUUCAUUACGUUUACGUUUAUAAUCGAAAAAUCGUGUCUCUCAAAAGUGAAAUAUCACGGAGGAAAUGAAUUCACGGAAAUGAGAGAGACGUUCGCUAUAACGCAAGAUAACGUUUUUUACACGGUGUGCGCGCGCCGCGUAAAAAUCUUUCGUUCGAAUAGCAGAGCUGUGUACUUUGAGUAACAAUUUGUCUCUCAGACAAUCCUCGUUAUCUCUUAGACAAGUUAUUACUCGAGAGACCUCAUUUUACGUCCUCACAUUAGCGAGUUACCAGAUUAUUAAUGUUUCGUCACGUGAACCGCUACAUGUGAGAUGGUAAUUUAAGGUAGUAAUUUUAUUUACGUGGAUUUUAAUUAACACAUGUAUAACAGAGUGCUCGAUGUGAUCGCGAUGAUGUAUAUCAGAUUUCGUUAUAAAGGAUUUAGGAAAAAGAAAAACAGUGGAAAAAAACGCGAUCGCGCGCGUUCUUGUUUAAUCAGAACUGCUCGUUGAUUUCUUUCUAAUGUGUCUCACAUUCCAUUGUAUCUGCCGCCUCUUAAUUACCUUUAGUUGUGGGCAUUAGCUUCUCCGACCUAAUGUAGUAUAACCGCUCCUUGCUAUUACCGUUAUUUGUAAUGACGCAAUAUAUUUAUUACAUAUUUAACAAGCAAGACGAAGAUUAUGGGGAUAAAGCUUACAUUUUAUAGAUUUCCAUAAAUGGAAUUCUCUUUUCACUACCGACCGUUUUUAGUUAGGCUUCCUUUCUCUGACAAUUGCGUCACACAUAAAACGUCGUGACUAAUAUUCUUCUUGUAGAAAUCCGACAUAGCUUAGUUUUGUACAAGCUUUGAUACUCGUACAAAUAUCAUUUUGACUAGGGACAACGGGAUACCGUGUAUGAAAUUUAAUGUAAUACCUUAUGAGUUUUUCAGGCUUAAAAAAAAAAAAACUAGCUUCGAAACCAGACUCGAAUUAUUUUAUACGUUUUUUCACUGAUUAUGAUAUAAGUAUGUCGCAGUUUUACAUGUCGCUUAUUUUACACUCAUACGCCACACAAGUUGUAACGUCGUACAACAUUUUACUUCCUACUCGCGUAGACGACGCGUGUACGCUGUUCUUUUUUUUAUACAAAAUGUAUUUGACUUCUGGAGUAAGUAUUUGGAAAUGAUUUUACAGCCGUGAAACCAGCCGUCUUCUUUAAUCGUAGAGCUUCGUGUUACAGAGUACUUUCUAUAAUAUACAUAUAUUAUGUAACUCGAAUGUAGAAGGCUAUCGACAGAGAUACGUUACAGCUUCUUUACAUAUAGCAUAUGAUACAACGUAGGAUAUUCUAUUAUUUAACAUGGUAUAGCUAAAAUAUGGCAGACUUAGAGGAUACUACGUUUUAGUUUUCUUGUAUAAAUUGAUAUUAUAUUAUCCUUAGAUUGUCGUAAGAAAAACUCACAUGGUAUAAAAACAAUGGAAGCAUGCAGAUAUAUAGUUCCUCCUUGUUAUAUAUAAAAUUGAAGAUUUGUUAUUAGGCAGUUUUAAUUAAGCAAUACCCAAUGAGGCUUAUAAAUAUAGUAUUUAAGUCACACUAGUUAUAUAUAAAUAUAUAUAUAUGGCUUCAUAUAUAUAUAAUAUAUAUAAAGAAUGUGAUACGUUAUAUGAGUUGCGUGUUGUGUGCAUGACAAUGAGAGAAAGAGAGAAUUUACGAGAAAGCGCGAGAGUGUUAGAGAGCGAGAGAGAGAGAGAGAGAGAGAGAGAGAAGGAGCGAGGGAGAGUGUGCAUCUGCGACGUUUAUAUUGUGCUGCGCAAGAAAGAACGUGAACUAUUCCAAGGUACGCCCUGCUAUUACUUACCACCUAUUAUUCCAAAUAAUAACAGUAUGUUCAAAAUGCAACAUCAAAAAAAAAAAAAA